UACACGCGUGUGCUCUGCAUGAAUUAAAUAUUAUCUGUGUCCGACGGCGGCGCAGUGCGCUUUCGCCGCGCGGCUCCAAUGCGAAAUUCCGCGCGCAUGGUCCGCGCGCGCACACAUAAUCAUCGCUGGUAAUAAAGGGGCGCCAUUUUUAAAAAAUAUGGGAUUUACUUGUGAGGCCGGUUGCACUGGCCUCUCCAACUUGCGUUCCGGUUAGUCCAGAACUGCGGGGAGAGACUGUAAGUAGCGGUCAUGCCCUUCAAGGCCUCAUUGUUCAUGGUGAUUGCGGCAGGAGGUAUCGUCAUUGGCCUCCUCUGUCCGGGGGCCCGCUCGCCUCCCAGUCUGCGGCGAGUAGGCGCUUGGGCUCGACGAGCACGUCGUUAUUAUCGGCACCGACGGCCUCGGUGGUGUGUAUUUGGAGAAUGCCACGGAUUUUCUGCCCAAUAUCAACAGGUUCUUUUUGGAGGGAGCCACUACCACUCGAGCCAGGAACAAGAGGCGUUGUGAGAGUGCUCCAAACUGGAGUGCAGUGAUAACUGGGAUGGGCCCACAGGAGAGUGGGAUACACAGCAAUGACUGGGUCCCUCCAGCCAAUGGAAUUCUGCCUGAUGUUGCUCCUAUCAGUGGCCCUGGAAAGAUCCCAGAGACGAUGUGGCGUGCUGCCAAGAGUCAGGACAGCAGUGUGGUGGUGGCUGUGACAGAGUCCUGGGACUGGAUCUACUACCUGGUGGAGGACGGCAUCGUGGACUACAACUUCCGCGCCACUCUGUGGAUUCUGUCUGUGUACCUCAGGCACUACAUUUCAUUCAAGACAAGUGUCCCAACCUCAUGUUCAUCCACCUGGAGUCCAUCGACCAGGCUGGACACACCCACUCCUGGGGCAGCCAGCAGUACUAUGAUGCAGUAAAGAUUGUUGAUGGCUAUAUAGGAGAAAUCAUGGAUGCGUAUGUGAAAGCAGAUAUAUUUGAUCUGACCCUGUUCAUUAUAGUAUCAGAUCACGGAGGCUAUGGUCUAGACCACAAGAAGUUUGACGAGGUCUGUAUCAGAAUACCGAUCCUUGCCAUGGGUCCACGGGUGAGAAAGGGUCACACUAUCACUGGCUACAGCAGUAAUGUGGAUGUUGCUCCAACCGUCCUCCACGCCCUGGGUCUCCAGCCUGGACAGUUCAUGGUGGGGAAAAUACUGGAGGAAGUUUUUUUCAACUCAUAGCUAGCACCAGGAUUACUAUAUAUUAUAGUACCCACUGUAAUAAUAAUAGCAUUUUUAAAAAAAAUUAUAUGACAGGACAUCCAGCAGCUAACAUAUCUGUCUUUAUGUGAACUCCCAUGUGUUCAGUGUCAAUAAAAUAAUAUUAUAUACUCCAUGUUAGUUACUGCAUUACAAUUAUGACUUUAGUACAAGGGGUGGGAGGAAAGAACAAAGGAUGGCAGAGAAGAGAGCUAGGGUUAAGGUUCAAAACCAUAUUUAUAAUACAGCGGGUGGAAGAAUGAAAGUUUACAGAAUGAACUACAGUACUGAGCUGUGUUAAGGUUGUUUCAGAGUGUGUAUAAUCUCAGCAGCAGAUGGUCGAUUUCCUGGGUUAUCACAGGUACACCUCAUGUACAGAGUGCGAAGGUUGGGCGAGGCGUGUGACGGGAACACCAGCUGCCCGGGGCGAGGUAUCUUCCCCGACACCACCUCCCACAGGAUGAUCCCGAGGCUCCAAAUGUCAAUCUUCUCAUUGGCUCUCUUCCUCAGGAUCACCUCGGGGGCUGCCCAGGCUAUGGUGAACCCUCGCUGAGCCGUCAUGUCCGUCGCUGCCAUUGUGUUUGCAAUGCCAACAUCAGCUAUCUUUGCCAUAGAACCCAUCACUAGGACGUUUGGACUCUUGAUAUCUCUGUGUACUAUCAGAGGUCUGCGAGAGUGUAGAUGAUGAAGCCCCGAGGCAAUCCCUAUCAUUACCUCCCUCCCGUGCUCCCCUUCCCACGUGUACUUUGACCCCCGCUCCCUGAGAGCCGAGAACAGAUCGGUGUCCAUGAGCUCGGUCACCAUGAAGAGACACGACGGCUGGAUGCAGGCACCGUAGAAUUGUAGAACGUGGCGAUGCCGCAGCCUGCUGAUGGUGUCUAUCUCUUGUUUGAACUGGGCCACGGCGGAGUCAGGCUCGCACCCCUGGAGUCUGAUCACCUUGACUGCCACGUCGUCGACUCCAUCCUUCAGACCUCGAUACACCUGUCCACAGCCUCCCUUCCCUAGCAGCCACAGCUCUCCAUCUCUCUUCUUACAGAUCUGGACAUCCUCUGGUUGUAGUUCCCAGUCAUAUAACCUGGCUCUACCACUGCUGCUGGGUCCAGACUGGGAACGAGAGGAUGAGCGGUGGGCAGGUUUUAACGGGUCCUUUGGUGGAGAUGGCACUUGGAGGUAGACUGAACCUGGGCUGGCGUUGUUGGAAAAGUCAAGUUCAUCGAUGGAGAUAGAGUCGUGGGACACGUCCGGUGGAGGGGGUGGUUUUGGUGGUGCGGAAGGGGAGGGGCUAGAAGCAGAGGGAGAAAGGCUGGAAAGAGAGGGUGCCUUGGAUAGUGGCCGGCGAGGGCUGGGACUGGCAGCCUCCUGGAUACGGUUGAUGAUCCCCUUGACUCGGGACCCCAGCCAGUUGGUGAUGGUGUUGACCACUCCACUUCCACUGUCAGUGGAGCUGGUCGGGGAGGAGGCUCGGUGGGAUGAGGAGGAGGAUGAGGAGGAGGAGACAAGAGGGGGUGGAUGGUAGUCAACACUGGAGCCAGAGUUACUUCGGUGUAGAGAGGAGGAAGAGGGGGAGUGGAAAGAAGGGUUAUGUGGUGGGUUAGCUACAUGUUUAGGUGGAGGGGUGGAGGAUGGAGGUGGAGAGUGAUGGAGGGGUGGGAGGAGAGGGUAGAGGCGUGGGGAGGGAGGAGCACGCGGAGGUGGUCUGUCUUGAUGUGGUGCUGGACUCCGAGGGGUCAAAGCUGGGCGAACGACAACAGCUGGUCUUGGACCCACGCCCACUUUAUUGCCAGGUUUUCUUUGUAAUUUCCGAGGUCUGCCAUAUUUCGUAGCAGAAGCAGCAACAGCGGGCCUUGGUUUAGGUAUUCGAGCUGCGGAUGGUGGGGCAGCCGGCGAGGGAGGUGCUGGCUUUGGCUUUUUGGCGGCACUGCCCACGGCAGAGGCCCGGAGCUCGUUCUGUCUCUUACGGAGCAUACGCUUGUAGAGGGCCCGCGUGCUACCGGUGAUGGGUCCCACGUCCACCCCCAUUCCUGUCAGCCUCAGUCGCAGCUCUGCAUCUUCCGCCAUAUUUUUCUCAGCAAAUCGGACAC